UGAGACUUUCUGCAUCAGAUAUUCAGAGGUUGUAUUCAGCUCUCCCUCUCUCUCUCUCUCUCUCUCUCUCUCUCAUUUUCGGGAAAAUGGGGAACUCAUCGAAGGACGACUCAGCCACCGACGGUGACACCUCCAGCGGGGACACUCCUCCUUCCAAUUCCGGCGUCUACUCUGAGGGCGAGAAAGUCCUCGCCUACCACGGCCCUCGCAUCUACGAAGCCAAGGUCCAAAAAGCUGAACUUAGGAAGAAGGAAUGGAGAUACUUUGUUCACUACCUUAAAUCAUUACUAUGGCUUCGACAUCUUUCCAACAGUUGGGACGAAUGGGUGGGUGCGGACCGUCUGAUGAAACAUACUGAAGAGAAUAUUACGAAGCAGCAGGCCCUUGACAAAAAACAGGGUGUAGACAAGAAUUUGAGGUCAGGUCGUUCGGCUCAGACAAAGCCAAAAAGUUCUGCAGAUACAAAAGUCGAUAAAGAAGACCUCAAGAACAAUGUGUCAAAAGGGAAGAAGCGAAAGAGUGAAUCAGGCGUUGAGAAGGAUAAUGUAUCUCUGGAAAAGCUUGUGAAGAUACAAAUUCCAUCUACUCUAAGGAAGCAACUGGUUGAUGACUGGGAGUUUGUUAAUCAGCAGGACAAGCUUGUUAAACUUCCACGAUCACCAACUGUUGAUGAUAUUUUGACAAAGUACCUUGAGUACAGGUCAAAGAAGGAUGGCAUGAUGACUGAUUCAAUAGGAGAGAUCUUGAAAGGAGUGAGAUGUUACUUUGACAAAGCAUUGCCAAUGAUGCUCUUAUACAAGAAGGAGCGCAAACAAUAUCAUGAAGUGGUCAUAGAUAAUGUCUCUCCGUCAACCAUAUACGGUGCUGAACAUCUAUUACGGCUCUUUGUUAAGCUGCCUGAGCUUUUGGCAUAUGUAAACAUUGAAGAGGAAACGUUGACCCGCUUGCAGCAGAAAUUACUUGAUUUUCUCAAGUUUCUGCAGAAAAAUCAAAGUACUUUCUUCCUUUCUGCUUAUGAUGGCCCCAAAGUUUCUGAGGGAAAAGGCAAGGGAAAAGAUGACUGAGGAUGGAACAUCUAAUUGUUGUCUUUCUUCUUAACAAUCCAGGUUGGAACAUCUAAUUGUUGUUGUAACAGUAGCAUUGGUAAUUCAUUCUUUUCAAGUGACAUUCUUCUUUAUUUUAGUUGACAUUCUUCCGGGACUUUGUUGUGUCAUGAAGUGAUACCUGUUGGAAUAGCCCAAUGUUUCUUAUAACUGAUGUGAUUGUUAUGGUGUGAUCUGCACUUAUAGAAACCAAAAACUCUCCUCGAAGUGGUGGUGGUUUGAGAUUUAAAUAGUAAUACUGUUUUGGAA